CGGUGCGGGGCUGAGCGGGCGGGAGCCCAGCCGGAGCGGGGUCGGCCGGUGCCGGGGGGAGGGCGGCUCCCCCGCUCCCAAACGUCCCCAAGACUUUGGGCACCCCAAAGAGGUCCCCGAGCUGCCUGGGAGAAAGGGGUCCCCGCUGUUCCCCCCCCCCCCCGGCCAGGGGCGCCCCGAGAGCCCCCAUCUCAUCUCCUUGAACCCUGCGAUGUGUCUUAAUAGGAAAAUAAUAAUCCUGGCCCACGUCCGCCUUGUGCUCCGCAGGCUGGGGUGACGCGUGAAACCCGCAGGCGUUUCGGUGCCAGAGCCAGCGGCCGGAGUGGGGACAUCGGGGUGCCAGCCCCCAGGGCCCCCUUAGACCGACCGACCCCAGACCCAGCGAUCCCACGGCCCCCACGGCCACCCAUGCAUCGCUGAUGCUGGCAGCCACCGGAGACCGGAGCUAGAGGCAGAGUGCAGGCAGGCAGAAAGCCUGGCACAGCGAGGCCACUGGGCGUGGAGCCAUGAAGCUGAACGAGCGAAGCCUGGCCUUUUAUGCCACGUGCGACUCCCCGGCUGACAACGCCGGCUUCCUCUAUAAGCGCGGUGAGCGGCACACGGCGUACCAUCGCCGCUGGUUCGUGCUGAAGGGCAACAUGCUCUUUUACUUCGAGGAGCGGGAGAGCCGGGAGCCAGUGGGCGUCAUCGUGCUGGAGGGUUGCACCGUGGAGCUCUGCGAUUCAGCUGAGGAAUUCGCGUUCGCCAUCCGCUUUGGUGGCACCAAGUCUCGUACCUACGUGCUGGCAGCCGAGAGCCAGGCCGCCAUGGAGUCGUGGGUGAAGUCACUCUCACGAGCCAGUUUCGACUACAUGCGCCUGGUGGUGCGGGAGCUGGAGAAGCAGCUGGAGGAGAUGCGCUGGGGGCCAGCCAGUGGAUGCGGGGGCUGCCGGGGGUCACCCAGCUCCUGGAAGCCAAAGCCCUCGGGGCCAGAGCCGUGGCCGGAGCGGCUGCCGGCUCUGCCCACUGUCAUGCCGAAGGAGAACGGUUGCGCAGUGUGGAACAACGUGCCAGGAGCAGACCUGCCACCCAACACGUCUGGCUGCAGCGGGCACGAUAGCGAGGGGAACCCGCGGCUGCCACCACUGCCGCCGCGCAGGCGGGCAUCAAGCAGCGAGGCAGGCGGCACUGGGGUGGCUGCAGCGGAGAGCCCAUCCACCUUCUGCCGGCUCCAUGAGCGGUACGGCCAGGAGGUGGCCCGGCUGCGGCAGGACUGGCUGGAGAGGCGGCGUGGCCCCCGGCCCUGAGAGGCAGCAGAGCCCUGGGGACCUGCCAGGACCUGUGGCCAGGAGGAGGUGAUCAUCCUUGGUGCUGCCUUGGUCCCCUCCUCACCCCGGGAUGUGCAGCCCUCUCUGUGGCGGUGAUGGACACCUGCUGAUGGUGCCACCAAGGGCCCAACACGGAGGGACAGCAGUGCUGCUCCGUGACGGCAAAAUGCCAGUCCAGCACCGAUGGCAGCUGGGCUCAGCGUGCCGCCAGCCAAGCGUGAAAGCUGCGGGCUUUUGGGGCUGCCAGGCUCUCGGGCAUCUCAUGCCAGGCAGCGGGUGCACCCCACCGGCCAUGCCCGGGUGUGGGUGCAGGGUGGUCCACCCAGUACAAGCAAGCUACGAACCACUUGCUGGCUGAUGCCUCCUGGGAAUCGACCACUGCUCUGUGUCUGGUGGGGCCUCUUGAUGCUCUUGCAGUGGGAUCAUGCACUGACAAUGCUUUUGGAGGAGGAUUUUGAUGGGAUCUCACCCCCCACCCCAAGCUCCCGUGUGAGUGUUUCACAGCUGGGGAGCCUGCACCGCCUUGCUCUCCCUGCUUGGCACAAGUGACUGGCUGAGGUCGGCUGAGCUCUGCCAGAUCCCUCUGCUCCAGCAGGAUGUGGUUUGAAAAUGAAAAUAUCAGUGAGUGCAGCCCUUCCUUAAUGGCAGCAGCACCGUGCACCACGGCUGCCUGGGGAGCUGGUGACAUCCAGCCCCGGACAUUUUGCAUGGGACGAUCGCUGCUUGCAGCCUGGCUGGUGAAUGCAUGGAGGGGGGGCAGACCCGACGGGAAUGCAGUGGCUGCGGGCAUCGCCUUGCUGGGUAGAUAUUUUGGGGCAGGGCAUCAUCCCCAGGCCAGCUUGCUAAGGGGAAGCAUCACUUGUGGUGGCAAACAGGAAUGUAUGUGUCAGCAACGGAGGGUGUCGAAUGAUUCAUGUGCUGAACUGGAGUGAAGCCGGUGUCUCAUGUCGGUGUUGCUCUUUUAUUUCCCCGUUUAGUUUAUAUCGACACUAAAGCUGUUGGCUGGAGGUGGGGAGGAACAGUCAGGGUGCCCCGGGUUUGGGCUGGGUGGCUCCAGCUCCCUUUGCCCCCUUGGGACGGGCACAAGAUUUUGCUACAAUAAAAGUUGUUUCAGAAAUUCUGUCCUG